GACGUGAUUAGGGUAAGUAAUACUAGUACGUGAUUUCCGGUGCUUAAUUAUGCCAUUUCCUAACAUUGACUGACCAAAACAAUCUUUGUGUAUAAAUAAAUCUGCAACCUACCUGCGAUCCACAGUUGCAUACGCAUCUCAGAUCAUCUGACACGGCGAAAUUAAAGUGAGCACCAUGUCUUCCUCCCGCUUCUACCUGAGUAGCAUGAUGGGCGUCCUCCUCCUCGCGGCCGCGGGCCAGGUCUCCGCCGUCCCUUACAUCCUCCCAGUGUGCAAGAGCAUCGGCGGCGGCAGCAGCUUCUUCGACGUCCAGUUCUGUCUGGAGGCGCUCGGCUCCGACCAACGGACCUUCGACGCCGACAUGACGUACCGCAACUUCUCCGUCGUAGCUGCUGACCUCCUCACGGCCAACGCCACCAGCACGGCGGCCAAGAUCGACGCCUUGCUCCGGGAGGGCGGCGGUGGCGCCACGGCGCGCUGCCUCCGGUCAUGCCAAGCGCUGUACGGCGGCAUAGUGCAAAGGCAGCCCGGCUGCGCUGCCGCCAUCAAGGAGCUGAGGGACGAGGAGGCGAUAUCGUCACUGGAGAAGUCGGCGAGCGCUGCCAAGGAGUGCGAGGCCGGGUUCCGGAGGAGCAGUGUGGCGUCGCCGGUGGCGGCGGAGAACGGUAACGCCUUCAAACUCGCCAAGAUUGCUGUCGCUCUUAUCAAAGGCGCUGAUGGUCAGUAAACGUACGUGUGCCUCGUGAAGAAGCAGAAGCAGAUUCAUUCGUCAUCAGGGUCAUUUGUUUUCCUCUUUAUUUAUAUAUAAAGAAAUUGUCGAGCAACUGUGUACUACAAACAUUUCUGAAUAAAGUGAGUAAAAAAACAGAGCAUUUGGCUAUCCUACAGCGGCAUAUUUCGCGGAACAUUCUUAUAGCGGCAUCGAUCUCUUUUAUUGACACGGAUG